UGUACGAACUUCCGGUAAAAACAAAGCACACGUUGAAGAACAAGUCAGAUUUUUAAAAAAUCUUAAAAUUUGGAGAUGGCUGAUAAUUUUGGCCAGGAUGAAUUUUACAACUUCAACUAUGAUCAGCAGCAACAGUCAGCUGGUUAUGAUAUGGGUGGCAAUAAUUUCGGACAAGAUCCACAAUUUGCACAGUUUGAUUAUGGACAACAGCAAGGAUAUGGGGACCCAAAUGCCUAUGGAGGCAAUAGAGACCAGUACUCAGGUCAUAUUUUGACUCCAGAGCCUGUGCAACAAUAUGAUCCAAAUGCUGGUGGCGAGAACUAUGAUGAGGAACCACCUUUGAUGGAAGAACUAGGAAUCAACUUCGACCAUAUUACACAGAAGACAUUAGCAGUCCUGAACCCGCUUAAACAAGCUGACCACACCAUCAUGCAGGACACAGAUUUAGCUGGACCCUUGGUGUUUUGUUUAGCAUUUGGUGGAACACUUAUGCUCUCCGGGAAGUUGAGUUUUGGUUAUAUCUAUGGAAUUGGUGUAGUCGGUUGUCUGGCCAUGUAUACUUUACUGAACUUGAUGAGUAUGACCGGAGUGUCUGUCGGCUGUAUUAUCAGUGUGUUAGGUUACUGUCUCCUACCAAUGGUCAUACUGUCAUUCUCUGCUGCUUUGUUAUCUUUGAAGGGUAUGCUGGGUAUUUUGUUUACAGUAUUAGCCGUCAUUUGGUGCAGUGCAUCAGCCUCUAAACUGUUUGUAUCAGCUUUAUCCAUGGAUCAUCAACAGCCACUAGUUGCCUAUCCAUGUGCUUUGGUUUAUGGAGUAUUUGCCUUGUUGACAGUGUUUUAAACAUUUUAUGAAAGCAAACUUUACCAAAUAUUUUCGUGACAUUGAACAAAGUUUAACCGAUUAUCUGUUCAAUUAAAGAAGUAAAAAAUGUUCUAAUGAGAUAGAUAUUUACAUGAUGAUUUUUUAUGUAGAUUUUAUUAUUGAACAUUUAUAGAUUUCAUUGAAAAUAAGUCAUUCUGUAGCAUAGCAAAUGUUUAUUUGGAAUAUUUCUCCAAACAUUUAAAAGGACAAUGAUCUUGAAAAAAACAGUCAUUCUUAAUAUGUUCACACAGUACUUAAUAUAUCCUCAAAAUUUGUUGUGGGGUUUCGGAAGUGAGAUGCCAUAUAUUUAAAAUUACUUUAUUUAUUCUAUGACAUGUAUUAAUUUCUAAGCAUAUUACUUAAAUUGAUUCAUUAAAUAUAUGUCUAACAUAA